UUUUGUUAACGAUAUUCACCAUUUGCCCCACUGACUCUCUUAUAUUUACGUUUUUGUCCCCUCUUUAUCAAAACCGAUAUAUUCUCCACCAUUUCUCACUAGCUCUCCAUCUCUCUCUAUAAGAUCAAUCAUAAAAAUCAGAAGAAACUCAAACAACUGAUUUGAAAGUGGAAUUUGAUAGAAACUAAAAGUCCUAGUAGGAUAGAAAAUGGGUCAGAUCCAGUAUUCCGAGAAGUAUUUCGAUGAUACUUACGAGUACAGGCAUGUGGUGCUCCCUCCUGAAGUGGCAAAGCUACUCCCAAAGAAUCGUCUUCUCACUGAAUGGUUGUGGUAUUUGUUCAUGCAGAAUGAAUGGCGUGCUAUAGGUGUUCAGCAGAGCCGUGGUUGGGUCCACUAUGCAAUUCAUCGCCCUGAACCACAUAUCAUGCUCUUCAGGAGGCCCUUGAACUAUCAGCAGCAGCAGGAGAAUCAAGCUCAGCAAAAUUUGCUUGCUAAGUGAUCAGCUUUGCCUCCUUGGUGGAAAAUAUAAUACAAAAUACUUUGGUUUAUGCUCUGUAAACGUUAUGAAAUAUGGCUAAUUUGGAAUUUUCUAGUGUUCUGUUGUAAUUCUCUCCUUGGGAGAAUUUUAUUCUGCUCUCUUGCUUCUUCCUUUUUUAACCUAACCUUGAAGAUGUCUUGGUUUUACUGACUUGUUGGCUUGUUGAUUAGAUGAAUGAUACUUGUGUGUUGGAUGUCAUUGAUCCUAAACUAAUGGUAGAUUUUCA